CUUUAUAAAAAGGCACCUCCCCUAAUCUUGUGAUGCAGGGCAUACAAGAAAUCAAAGAGAGAAUUCUAAGUGCAAGUGAGAGUCAUAAGAGUAAGAGUGUCAAAUGGAGAUUGAGGAGUUAAGCAACUGCGAGGCACUGCCUUUGCUCUCUUUAAAUCAUGUGUCUUUGUUAUGCAGAUCGGUGUGGAAUUCUUUGAGGUUCUAUGAAGAAGUCUUGGGCUUUGUUGUCAUCAAACGCCCUUCUUCUUUCAACUUCAAUGGAGCCUGGUUGUAUAACUAUGGGAUCGGGAUACACUUGAUUGAAAGUCCAGCCAUGGAAGACUAUGAAUCUCGGCCAAUCAAUCCCAAGGACAACCACAUCUCCUUCCAAUGCACUGAUGUUGGACUUGUUAAGAGGAGGCUGCAAGACAUGGCGAUGAGGUACGUGACAGCCGUGGUGGAGGACGAUGGGGUCAAGGUCGACCAGGUGUUCUUCCAUGACCCAGACGGGUAUAUGAUCGAGCUCUGCAACUGCGAGAACAUCCCAAUCAUUCCCAUCUCUGCUUGUGCCUUCAAACCCAGAGGUAGUAGUUUCAAGAAGGCAUCGAUCAAUAAGUGUGGAUUCAUGGAAACUGUGAUGAUGGAAAGCUUGAGCCUGGACAUGAUGAACUUCUCAUUUUAAGUUUCAGAAGGAGUGAUAAGCCUCACUCCUUUCUGUCAACUGGAAGAAAAAUGUUGCAAAUGUAUUACAGGGUCUAUAUAGUGUGGUAUUGUGACUUGUGUCUUGGUCAGAAGACAAGUUGUAUUGGUUUUCUACUGCUUGUAAUAAAGAAUUUGUGGGGAAGAUUAAGUUGUACUGUGUGUAUGCAUAUACUUAAUCUCUUGAGGCCAAUAUGUGCCAUGUGAUUAAGCUCAUAUUAUUGAAGCAAGAAACUCCUUAAUA